CGUCUGGAACCGCAGCCUCGUCCCGCCGCCACCGCGUCCUGCAGCAGCUGCCGCUGGGCCGCCUGACGAGGACCACCAUCCACUAUGGUGAAGCUCGGCUGCAGCUUCUCUGGGAAGCCAGGCAAAGACCCCGGAGACCAGGAUGGGGCUUCCACAGACAGUGUCCCGCUGAUAAGCCCCCUGGAUGUCAGCCAGCUCCAGCCACCGUUCUCCGACCAGGUGGUCAUCAAGACACAGACAGAGUACCAGCUGUCCUCGGACCAGGCCAAGAAGUUCCCAGACCUGGAGGGCCAGAAGCUGGCCUGCAGCCACCCGGACGAUGGGCGUAAGCUGCCCACAGCGCGGAUGAUCGCCUUCGCCAUGGCGCUCCUGGGUUGCGUCCUGAUCAUGUACAAGGCCAUCUGGUACGACCAGUUCACCUGCCCCGACGGCUUCCUGCUCCGGCACAAGAUCUGCACGCCGCUGACGCUGGAGAUGUACUACACGGAGAUGGACCCCGAGCGCCACCGCAGCAUCCUAGCGGCCAUCGGCGCCUACCCGCUGAGCCGCAAGCACGGCACGGAGGUGCCACUGCCGUGGGCCGAGAACCCGCGCGCCCCCAAGGAGCCCCGCAAGGCGCCCACCGUGGCGGCGAAAGCGGCGGCCACGGAGCCACCCGGGAAGACCCAGGCCAAGGGCGGGGAGGCAGCGGCGGCGCGGCCAACGGUGCCCGCGGCCCGCCGGGCUCCCGCCCCAGUUCUGAGCCCAGAGCCCUCCUCCCCUGCCCAGGACCGACACCCAGGGUGCCUCCGCGUGCAGAUGCAUGAGUGCCCCAGCUCCUGUGACCAGCACAUCGUCCCAUCCCCCCCACCCCGCGUUGUGCCCCUGUCCCUGAGCACCCGCUGA